AUGAGUCAUUCUGUUCCUUCUAUUAUAACAUACACCAAAUUAGCUCGUAACAGUGAUACAAACAUAGCGCUGUUCGAUGUCUGGGAUAUAAUCGCGUUCAGCAUCUAUUCCAUCAGAAGAAGCAUACAUACGGGUGUGGCCUUUCAAGCGUCAACUCAUCGUGAAUUGACCUGGAGGCUUCAAACAAAAGAUACUGAUGCAGAGAUCAAGUCGUGAUAGAUGUUCCGGAAAAUGGGCCGGGCAGAUGACAAGACCGAUGCCAGGAUAUUUCGGUGAAACAGUGCGUACAGAAUUGUCGUGGAGCGAGUGAGCAAGCAAGUUCUCGAAGAGAGGCCGAUGAGUGUCAGGCACCCUCUGCACGACUUACGGCAUCUCUUCCUUCGACAUGCGCUGAAAGCGUCAGUGUCCCACACAGCCACAGAGCUGCUCACUUAUAACGCCAUGAAAGGCCCUCCAAUAGUCGUUCGCUUCCCAGAGUUAUCACUUCCCCACUCUCACACCUGUACGUUCUCCAAUAAACCAUAUCAAGCCUGACCGUCAGCAGAUUUUAUCAUAUUGGGGUCUAUCUAUAGCCUAUCACAAUCAGAAUGGAAACACACAUCUUUCCGCUCGAG